UAUAUAAUAAUAAUAACAUAUAAUAAUAUAUAAUAUAUAUGCCAUUUAGCAGACGCUUUUAUCCAAAGCGAUUUACAGUCAUGUGUGCAUACAUUCUACGUAUGGGUGGUCCCGGGAAUCGAACCCACUACCCUGGCGUUACAAGCGCCAUGCUCUACCAACUGUGCUACAGAAGGACCACAUAAGGACAUCAUCAUCCCGGAGGAACUGAAAUAGGGCUCUGUGGUAGGAAAUCUAGCCAAAGAUCUGGGGUUGGGACUAUCUGAGAUUUACCAUCGUAAAGUACGGAUAACCUCGGAGGCUGGUAAGCAGGAUUUCAGAGUGGAUUUGGAGAGCUGGUCGUCAGUGAGAGGAUAGACAGAGAGGAUAUGUGUGGACAAAGAGUUCCGUGUCUAUUGCCUUUGGAGAUAGUGAUAUAAAGUCAUUUGCAGCUGCACUGAGUCGAGAUUCAAAUGCAGGGGGAUAUUAAUUACAUUUCUCCCUGUUUUCUUGUGGAAAAAAGGGGGCUGAAGAUUGUAGAGUCAGCAAACCCAGGCUCACGAUUUCCACUCGAAAGUGCACUGUAUUCUGGUGGAGCUGCAAAAACAAUACUCUCUUACCGCAUUAACAUUAACGAACAAAAACCACUGUGAUGGGACAACAUUCAGGAACCUCUGAGACUAGUAUUAGGGUGCUUGAUAUUAACGAUAACGCACCACUGUUUGGGAGACAGCUUUAUGAGGCUAUUCUUAACGAAAAUGUUGCUCACGUCACUGUGAUUUUACGGGUAAAAGCGUCUCCAUUCAAAUUGAACCCGUCCGUAUCCAAGCAUUAUGCACCGGUAACUUACGCACCUCUUGACAGUGAGCGUCACUCCCAGUAUAGAGAUCAGUGCUAGUGAUUCAAGAGAAAACCCUCUAUCCAGCAAGAAAACUAUCACUGUUGAUGUGUUAGAUGUGAAUGACAAUCUGCCGCUAUUCUCUCAGCCUUCCUACCCAGUGUAUGUAAAAGACAAUUACACACCGGGGAAAAUAUUAUUUUCAACCUCCGUUACUGAUCCAGACCUGGGGGGUUGUGUCAAGAUCUCCUACUCCGUCCUAGACUCCAACGUGCAGGACGUGUCUGUGUCCUCCUGUGUGACACAGACAUCUGCAGAUCCAGCUCUACACUGACGGGCCUAUUAAGUACGUAGAGGUCCUGGGAGGGGACAUGUUGUCUCAGAGUCAGUCCUUCAGGUCCUGUCUCUCUGCCAUGUCAGAGUUCAGUGAUUUCACCUUCGUUAAGCCCAGCAGCACCACUGUUUUGUUUCAACAUUGCACAAAUCCAUGCGUGUUAUUUUAGGUUCAGAACAAAGCUCGGUUGAUAAAUAAUGAAUAACUUGGUCACCGAAUUUAGAGAUAUUUUGAUAUAUUUUUUCUGCCACUCAAUUAUUAUUUUAUGUAAACUAUAAGAGAUCUAGUCAAAUGUAUUUUCUUCCAAGCAAGGGGCUCUAUUGGAAUGCCAAUGUGUUGGUAUCUGUGCGCAAAAUCACACGAUAUUUCCGACGCCAGCUUCACACGUAUGAAUUCUUAAAUAUAACCUAGCUCUGGACUCUCCAUAAUAUUUUUCACAUCAAUAUAGACAAUGUAUUAUUGUUCAAUGGAAAAUACAGUCUUUCACUCUCUCUCGCUCUGUCAGAGCGCUUGGACAGCUCCUGGAUGCUGCUCUGGCUUUAAAAGGUCUGUUAUUUUGGCCUCUCAUUGGGUGUUAGAGAUGCACGCUGUGCACCAAUAGCGUGCAGAACUGUUCAAAGAGAUCUACUCCCUCCCCCUAGCCUCAGUACCUUAACCCUUACAAUAUUCUGAGCUGGAGAAGAGAGGGGGACGCAGUCAUACACACGGAGAUACAACAUCCUCUAAACACAUCCUUAUCGUGAUGCAAAAUUAACGAAAUAAUGCUUAAUGAAAUAUGUAUUCUGGGGAGGUAUUUUGAUAUGAAGCUCUUUGUUCUGGACAGUAUUUAAGUGUGAAUGGUAUUAUAACGGAUCAGGAAUGACAAAGAGAAUGGGAUACCGAGACUGGAGAUGGCUGGCUCUUUGGUGGCAUCAUUUAUUUCUCUUGUGGAGUACAAUAGACGGACAGACUCGCUACACCAUCCCGGAGGAACUGAAACAGGGCUCUGUGGUGGGAAAUCUAGCCAAAGAUCUGGGUUUGGGACUAUCUGAGAUAUUUGACCGUAAACUGCGUGUCGCUUCUGAGGCUGGUAAGCAGUACUUCAGUGUGGAUGCGGGGAAGGGCGAGCUGAUCGUCAAUGAGAGAAUAGAUAGAGAGACUGUAUGUGGACAAAGCGCCAGCUGCGUUUUACCUCUGCAGGUUGUCAUUGAGAACCCGUUACAGUUGUAUCGAAUUGAGGUGGAAAUACGAGACAUAAAUGACAAUACACCAAAUUUUAUAACAAAUGAACUCACGUUGAAAAUAGCUGAAUCUGUUGUUGUAGGUAGGCGAUUUUCUUUGGAGAGCGCAGAGGACCCAGAUGUGGGAAGUAACGCACUCAAGUAUUACACAAUUAGUAAAGACGAGUGCUUUAGUUUAAAGGUAAAAGACCUUAGUAAUGGAAGAAAAGCCCCAGAGUUAGUAUUAGAAAAACCUCUAGAUCGAGAGAAACAAGCUGUCCAUCAGCUACUAUUAACUGCACUAGAUGGGGGGAGUCCUGUCAGAUCCGGGACGUCACAGAUAACUAUUACAGUGCUUGAUGUAAACGACAAUUUUCCAGUAUUUGAAAAGGCAUUGUACAAGGUUUCCAUGCACGAAAAUAGUCCAAAAGGUACUUUUAUGGUCAAACUUAAAGCGAUAGACGUAGACGAUGUUCAAAAUGGGGAGGUGAAGUAUUCAUUUGGUGAGCGCACCCCGAAUGCUGUGCUUUCUAUAUUUGACAUUGAUUCAGACACAGGGGAGAUGUUUUUGAAAGGAGAAUUAGAUUUCGAAAAUGCUGCUACAUAUGAAAUUGAUAUCAAUGCAAAAGAUAACGGCACUCCGGAAAUGGAGGGACAAUGUAGUGUUCGGGUGGAGGUAGUUGACGUGAACGACAACCCUCCUGAAAUAAUUUUGACCUCCAAGCCGAGUCCGUUGCGCGAAGACGCACCCAGUGGCACAGUAGUUGCUUUGAUUAGUGCCCGAGACCAAGACUCCGGGAAUAACGGUAACGUAACGUUACAACUCCCGCGAGACUAUCCUUUUAAUCUGAAACCGUCAUUUUCUAAUAAUUACGCACUGGUCACCAGUGGUGUUUUAGACCGAGAGAGCUUCUCAGAGUAUAACAUUGAGAUAACAGCCAUUGAUUCGGGCUCCUCUCCCCUGACUACCAAGAAAACUAUACCUGUCAGUAUCAUUGAUGUCAACGACAACUCCCCUAAAUUCACUCAGUCCUCCUAUGAUGUCUAUUUAAAAGAGAAUGGACUACCAGGCUCCAUGCUCUCCUCAGUAUCUGCAUCUGACCUGGAUUUCGGGGAUAAUGCCAAAAUCUCUUACUCCAUCCUAGACUCCAAAGUGCAGGGCUUGUCUGUAUCCUCCUAUGUGUAUAUAAACUCUGAUAACGGCAGCAUCUACAGCAUGCACUCGUUUGACUAUGAGACACUGAAGGUGUUUCAGAUUCUGGUGCAGGCAAAGGACCACGGCUCUCCGUCUCUGAGCAGCAACGCCACUGUCCAUGUUUUUAUCCUGGACCAGAACGACAAUGUCCCCGCUGUUAUUUACCCCUCCGCUGCCCUGGGCUCGCUCUCUCACCAGAAGAUGCCCCGCUCUUCUAAAGCAGGCCACCUGGUUACUAAGGUAACGGCCGUGGACGCAGACUCGGGUCAUAACGCCUGGAUCUCGUAUAAACUGGCGGGGGCCACAGAUGUGUCUCUGUUCAAUGUCAAUCUUUACACAGGAGAAGUAAGGACAAAACGCUCUGUGUCCGAGCAGGACGACUCCUCUCAGAGGCUGCUUAUAGAGAUAAAGGACGACGGGGAACCAGUACAGUCUUCCACGGUCACAUUGGCCAUACUGGUAGAGGACGGGCUCCAAGAACCCAUCUUGGACCUCCGGCAGAAAGCGCCAGAGCCCGGCAAGAAAAGCGGGAGAAUCACCCUGUAUUUGAUCCUCUCUCUGGCCUCGGUGUCCAUGCUGUCUCUGGUGACUUUUGUCAUGUUAGUGGUCAAGUGCGUUAGAAACAGCAGGAGCAGCGGUAGUUGCUGCAUGAGACUGGACGAUUUGGACGGCUACAAUAACCCCAAUAGAAACCUGCAGAUCCAGCUCAACACUGACGGGCCUAUUAAGUACGUAGAGGUCCUGGGAGGGGACAUGUUGUCUCAGAGUCAGUCCUUCAGGUCCUGUCUCUCUCCCAUGUCAGAGUUCAGUGAUUUCACCUUCGUUAAGCCCAGCAGCACCACUGACUUUAAGGAGAUGAUCAACGUUCUAGACGCGUCUUUACCCGACAGCGCCUGGACCUUUGAGAGCCAGCAGGUGAGCAGUGAACUGUUGUUGAUUGUGAUGGUUAUGAUAUUCGAAUGUAGACUGUUUUGUGACGUAUAG